AUGAACUUAACAACAUCCUCAGCCUCAUCACAAACGGCACCUAAGAAGGCAUCACCAUCGGUGGUGACCGCUACCCAGGCUCGACCUUUGUCAACCUCCUCCACUAUGAAGCCGACCCUGCAUGCAAAAUGCUCGUCCUCCUCGGAGAAGUCGGCGGCGUCGAAGAAUAUGGUGCUUAUUAGGAAGCCGGCUGCGUUUAUCCGUACGAUCUCUGACGAGCGUGGACAGGAGCUCUAUGCAGGCAUGCGCAUCUCGGAUGUGUUCAGAGAAGAUAUUGGCCUUGGGGGAGUCGUCUCUCUCCUCUGGUUCAAACACCAUCUUCCCUCCUGGGCGACCAAGUUCAUUGAGAUGGUGCUGAUGCUCACUGCAGACCACGGCCUAGUUGUCAGUGGCGCCACGAACACCAUCGUCACUCCCCACGCGGGCGAAGACCUCAUCUUGAGUUUGGCGAGUGGCUUGUUGACGAUUGGGUUAGGAUCGGUGGGGCGCUGGAUGAGGCUGCUGGAAGGUGAAUAA